AUGCAGCACGAACCAAUGCUGGCCGUCGACCCGGCCAUGCUUCCUCCUUCUGCCUCCCAAGCCGACGAGGACUCCGACUACGAAUAUGAAUAUGACCCUGAAGAGACCGAGACCUUCUAUCUCAAUCUCGACCUGACCUCCCAGCACGGUCCUAUCCGCCCGCCGCGUCGUCGCAAUGAUUCCUCCGCCUCAACCCCCCGGGCGUCUUCCGCUGGUGCGCCUCCCAACGAAGAGAAUGAGCCCACGUUGACCACCACCGAGUCCGACCACCCUCCCGCCGAACCCCUGCAAAUCCUUGGCCUCCACACCUCCAACCCGAUCAUCUCCUAUCAGAAUCAAAUCUUCAGCUGUACUUGGGCCGACCAGAUUGGCACCGAGCUCUUCUUCACCCAUCCCGAAUCGGACCAUCCGGACCCCGAACGUGAUGCCUCUGCGUCCGCUGUCCCACCCACCACCACCACCACCACACCCCCAUUAAAACGCGGACCGGACUUUGACCUCAUCGCCGCCAACAGCGUCAAGCUCCUCGGUCGCAAGGCCAAUCUGAUCUCCAGCACGGGCGCUGCGUCGGACGCUGCCAGUGCGACAACGACCGGACCACUCCCCUAUCCGUCCCGCGCCGGUCCCCCCACAAACCAGAUGCGAUUCCUCGAGCAGCUGCGGCUGAUCAAGCAGGCCCGCGGCGAAACCGACUCCGUGCGCACCGUGUUCAGCACCGCGAAGCGCCCACAGAACCUGGAGGAACGGCUGCGCGGCUGGGCGCGUACCGACGAACAACUCGCCGAGAUCAGGCGGCUGAAUGAUGCGGCCAUGCAAGGCGAUUCGUUCGCCAUGUCCGAGUUGGAGCAUCUCUACGCGCAAUUCGGGAGUCAGGAGGCCGAGUCGUCCGAUGCCCAGCACCGCUGA